AUGUCGUCCUAUGUUGUCGUCGGUGCUGGCGUCGUAGGGCUUACCACUGCGCUGGAACUAAAAGACCGCUACCCGAGUGCAAAUGUUACAAUCGCAGCCAAGUAUCUACCGGGCGAUUCAUUUUCAGACUACACGUCUAACUGGGGGGGUGCAAAUUGGUUUCCUGCUUCAGCAGACAAUGGCCGUCAAGAGAAAUGGGACUCUAUCACCUACAAGAAGUUUAAACAGCUUUCUAGGGUGAGACCAGACUCCGGUGUCAAGACCAUGAAUAUUCGCUUCCAUUAUGACCGACCGAUCGAUGAGGUUGGGAUAAUUACACCUGCUACAGGAAAAAUCUGGUUUGAGGAUCUUGUUGGGGGGUUAAAGCCAAUUGAAAAAGAUGAACUUCCAGACGGCGCAGCUUUUGGGUUUGAAAUGGCUUCAUUUGUUCUUGAUGUUCAGCGAUAUCUUCCCUGGUUACAGAUGGAAGCUCACUCUCGUGGAGUUGAAAUCCAUCGAAAAAUAUUCACCGACAUUCGUGAGGUCUUCAAUCUGUAUCCUGAGGCAUCGGCGGUGUUCAAUUGCACUGGAUUAGGGUCCCUUACACUUGGUGGUGUUGAGGACAAAAUGCUGUAUCCUGCGAGAGGUCAAAUUCUGCUCGUUGAAGGUCCAAAAGAACCAAUUCCCACGAUGUACUUCCGAUCUCCACAUCGAGAUGCAGAUGCAACCCAUAUAUUUCCACGGGGCAAAGAUGGAAUGGGCGGUGUGAUCUUGGGCGGGUGUCGGGAAAAGAACAACUGGAAUGGAGAAGUCGAUUUGGAAUUUGCAGAGGUCAUUAAACGAAAAUGCUGCGCCCUAGUUCCCCAGCUUGGAAAGCCCGAAAACCUCAAGGUCAUCAAGCACGGCGUCGGGCUUCGUCCCAGCCGAAAAGGUGGUGCGAGGGUCGAACGUGAGUAUAUUGAUGGCAAGCUUGUCAUCCAUAAUUACGGAGCGGGUGGUACUGGGUUUCAAUCAUCUUGGUAA